CUGAGGUCCCUUCCAAACCUGGUAUUCUACGAUUCUAUGAUAUUUAUGUAUUUUCUCCUGGUAAUAAGGGUAAUGUUAUAUACAGGUUUUUAACAUGAUAGUGACAAUCAUCUUUACAAUUCAGACCCAGCUGAUCGCAGUACUUCAUUCAGUUGCAUAUAGUAUAGCUCAUGACCAAAGUAUAGGCCUAGGGGACCUGAAUGGAUAAUCCAGUAGCUUUAGAGCCUCAUCCUAUAGCCUGCUGGGGAUCUUCACUUCCCUUUGACUUAGGACGGAUCAGCCCCUAAUGUGGCCCAUUUGAGGAUUUAGUAAUACAACAGAAAAAUUAGUGAAUCUCUGCCCAGUGGCUUAACUAGAGUCAAAUAUCCAAAUGUGGUGAUACUUGCUUUCUUCUGUUCCUAUUAAAGUUUUGAGUUAAUAGGUGUAAAGCAGGACAGAUACAGGAGACAACAGAAGUAGACUUCUCCCUAAAAUCAAGUUUGAGGGAAAAUGGUUUUGCAAGUUAACAGAGACAAAAACUUACACAAGAACUCUGGCAAAAGAAAGAAGCAGCUCCUGUGACAAUUGUGUCUGAAAUUUACUUUGUGGUUACUUUGUGGCCCACAUCUCAAAGUUGUUGGCUGUUUCUGUAUAUUAGAUGAAGAGGUUGAGGGGAGGGUGUGCUCUAGUGGCUGAAUUAUAACUUGUUCCAUAUAAAAUUUCAUUAACUUUUUAUUGCUGUUUUAGGACAUUUGCACAGAACUGUAGAAAUAUUGAACAUUUAAAUCUAAAUGGAUGUACAAAAAUUACUGACAGUGUGUCUGCUGUUUUGCAGCACGUGUUAUAGCCUUAGCAAAUUCUGUUCCAAGCUGAAACAUCUGGAUCUGACAUCCUGUGUAUCUAUUACAAACAGCUCUUUGAAAGGUUUAAGUGAGGGUUGCAGAAAUCUGGAACAUUUGAAUCUUUCCUGGUGUGAUCAGAUUACGAAGGAUGGUAUUGAAGCACUGGUGAAGGGGUGCAGUGGACUAAAAGCACUAUUUCUUAGAGGUUGCACACAGUUGGAAGAUGAAGCACUGAAACACAUUCAAAAUCACUGUCAUGAACUUGUAAUCCUGAACUUGCAGUCAUGCACACAAAUUUCAGAUGAAGGCAUUGUAAAAAUUUGUAGAGGAUGCCACAGACUUCAGUCACUGUGUGUUUCUGGUUGUAGCAACCUUACAGAUGCUUCUCUCACAGCACUUGGUCUAAACUGUCCGAGAUUGAAGAUUUUGGAAGCUGCAAGAUGUUCCCACCUGACAGAUGCAGGUUUUACACUUUUAGCACGGAAUUGCCAUGAACUGGAAAAGAUGGACUUAGAAGAGUGCAUUCUGAUAACAGAUAACACAUUGAUACAACUUUCUGUUCACUGUCCUAAACUGCAAGCAUUGAGUUUAUCUCACUGUGAAUUGAUCACAGAUGAUGGGAUUCUGCAUCUGAGCAACAGUACCUGUGGUCAUGAAAGGCUCCAGGUCCUAGAGUUAGACAAUUGUCUUCUUAUCACCGAUGAGACCCUGGAGCACCUAGAGAACUGCCACAGUUUGGAGAGAAUUGAGUUAUAUGACUGUCAGCAAGUCACACGUGCAGGAAUCAAAAGAAUAAGAGCUCAUUUACCUGAUGUGAAAGUUCAUGCCUAUUUUGCUCCAGUCACCCCUCCUCCUUCUGUAGGAGGUAGUCGACAGCGACUCUGCAGGUGCUGCAUUAUUCUUUGACAGUAGGAGCAUCAGCAGAGGAAGAAAGAUUCAUUUAAUUAUGGAAACAAUCAGACUGCAAGUGGCUUGCAGAGUGUCAGUUUCUUAACUGCUGUAGGAGUGAUGUUGCAGUCAUCCAAUUUUGUGCUGGUACUGACUCAAGAAAGGUGUUUUCGCAGGUAAAAAGUCUUAAUGUUACAUGUGGAUGUGGAGUAACUGAUGCUUUUUUUUUUUUUGUAUUACAUCUACUCCACCAUCCCUGCUGUUGAUAUGACAAUCAUAGUACCAUUUGCUAAUGUGGACUGGGGGUAUUGCAGAGUUGUAGAUGCUCAGUGGCAGCCCCAAAACUGUAAGUCUCACUGAACCUGAAUAUUAGUUCCUAUUUGUAAAUAUUCUUCAGUGUAAAAAAAAAAAAAUUCAGGGUCUCUUAAGCAUGAGAGUCCAAACUGCUGUUGUACAAUACAUAUAACCAAUUAUAUCACCAGGUUUAAGGACAAAUCAGCUUUAGCAGAAGUUGACCAAAAAAGGGACAGUAAUAAUGAAAAAUAGCUUCCUAAUUUUGCUACAGCUUUAUUUAAUUUCUACAAAAACUCCCAACAUGUUAAGAGGUAGUAGACCUCUUGAAAACUAUUUAAUUUGAACUUUGUUAUAUUCAAAAGAACUCAAACUGAUGAAUGGUCUGUAUAGAAUAUUUCUCUUAAGUGUUACUAAGUAGGUUAGGAUAAGAAAGGUAUGGCAGUUUGUGCCCUGUACACAAAAGGUCUUUUUAUAUGCUCUAGCUGAGUAGGUAGAGCUGUUUACUAUAGUGGCUGAAAGAAUAUCUAUGUAUGGUACUUAUACUUCCCCUCAGUGCCAUGGUAUUUAAAUAAAAUCUGUUUAAAAAAAAAAAAAGGCAGUAAUACCCCUCAGAGCUGUUUAGGGCUAAUUUGCUGUGAGACAGAGCAAGGAAUUGAAUGCUGGGCUCCUGCAUCCCAGGCCAGUAACCACUCAGGUCACUGGUUGGGGUAUCAACUGGGGGUCCUAGACUAUUCAGAUUUCCAAAGGGGUCUGCAAAUGAAAGAAAGUUAAACUCCUGGGCUAAGUAAUUUAAUGUAGUUGACAUGGCUGAGCAGACUGAGACCCUGAACAAGCAGUGGUUUCUGUUCCCUUAAAAACUGAAGCCAAACUUUUCAGAAACUGAGAGCAUUCAACACGACAAUUACAUUAAUACCUUAAUUUUUUUAAAAACCACAAGUCUAAGGGAGAGCUACGUUUUUAUAUUAAGCCACCUAAAUAAAUGGUGGGUGUGCACAGUCUCUUACGUACCCAGGCUCAACAGUAAUCCUUUAAAGGAAAAUACCUUGGGCUUAAAAAAGACUGGUCAACUGAUAUAGUGUUUAAAUCCUAGAAAUAUUGUCUUACUAUUAUGGGGAAUGUUUAAGUUGUUGGCAAAACAUAACUGGAUGCAGAUGGCAGUGUGUACGUUUACACCAUACCCUUAAAACUGAUCUUAAUCUGGAAUGUUUAGAACUAUGUUUUAAAAAGUUAAUGUGAAAAAUGUAAGGCAGCUUUUUACAGCUGCAGCUCUGCAAACUUAAGACACUGAACACAGCUGAAAAUCUAUAUGAAUACAGUAUAAAGACCUAGUAUUAAACAUUGGUGGUUCAGCUUUGUAGCAACAGCAAAAAUUCCUGGAUUAACUUUCAUAUUAUGAAUACACAUGUAUUACCAAGAUUCCCACUUAGAAAUUUGGUUUUAUACAAUUUUCUUAGCAGAACAUUGGGGGAUGACCAAAAUUAAAUGUGAAUUCAAUGCAACUUGUCAGAAUGAGUAGUUGUGUGUUACCUUAGGUUUGGCUCAUUUUUAUGGAUAUUAUUGUGAGGCUUUUAUGGCAUUAAAGUUGUACAAAAACCAAAAUUUAACACAUGCCUACACUAAGAAAAAUUAUAUAGGAAACACAAUUUUUGAAAUCAGUGAAAUAGAAGUUCAAGUAAAUAUCAUUUAAGGAGCACUACAAGCCAUUACUAUUUUACUCUUUAAAAAAGUAUGGUUUUUGUCAAGCUGAAACUGAGUUUUUUCCAUUUGUUUUCUAAAAUAGUGCUGGGGGGGAGCAGAAUUAUCUGCUCUGAAAUGCAUUGCUCCUACUAACAAUGUUAAUUUUAUUUUAGCAGAAAAAUAAGAAAGCACAUUUACAAAAUUAUUGAAAAACAUUUAUUAUUUGUAAAUUGAAAUGUGUACAUCUUAAAACAAAAGCCAUUUGCUGGUGCCAUAAUUUAAUUCCAAUUUCAAGUGAGCUGGACAAACAACUAUACAGUUCCUUUAAAAUGAGAUCACUAGUCGGAUACUUUCCAAUCAAGGAUUUUCCCACUUUUAUAAAACAUUUGGGAUUUGAAAAUGGUGCUGAGGCAAAAUGACAAUUGUCAGUUCAAUAAACUAUUAAGACCCAACCAAUACCAAAAGAUGAACAAUUUGUAGGCAGAAGAAACUCGAACUUAAGUCCACAAAAUUCCGUUUUAUCAGUGUAGAAAAACAUUUACGUUCACAGAAUUGCUAGAGCUUUAGAAAGGCUUUCUUGGUAAGCACUUUAAAGAAGAAAUUAAAUAAUAUCAAAGUAGCAUUUUGCAUGCUGUAGUAGUUUUUUCUCUAUAAAUGAUUUCGCACUACAACAUUCAAAACUUUCAAAUUGAUGGGGGAUACUGAGAGUUAAAGGGGCAUUUUUUUUGCCUUUGAAAAAUCUUCCCCAGAGUACCUAAUUAAUAUACUACUACCCCCAUAUAACACACUGUGAUACAAGGCAGGUAAAGCUCUGACACAUGGAUUUGAGGGGGGCAGAAGCUGUGGGAGGGCACUGGCAAGGGAAGCUGAGCAGGCUAGGGCUGCAUCACUGUUUCCCACCACAGGUGAAUGCCAGUGGGGGUGGGGAGAUCCUUUCCCCAACCUUCCCACACUCACCUGGAGCAGAACAGGCUGCUCUGCUGCCCAUGAGUGCCAGGGGUGGGGGUGUGUGUCAGGGAACAAGGAACAGGGGGCCAAAGCAAGUUUGAUAUAACAUGGUGAGAUUUUUUUUGUUUUUUCUCCUGAGGACUGCGUUAUCAGGGUAGAGAUGUAAUUCAUACCAUAAACUCUAAGUGGACAUUAAUAUUAAAUGUUUGAAUUUCACUGCCACAGAUUUGACAGUUUCAAGGAAAAACUCAUCUUUUGAAAUAAGCAAUGGGAUUUUUCAAAAUCAAGUAUUUGGUCAUGUGGAAGUGUAAAAAAAAAUGUACAGAAUCAAUCUGAGAAUAAAGAAAUCACAGAAAAAGUCAAGAUACCUGCCCAUAAAGAGAAUAAGUGAUUGUAUAUUUAGUGUUUCUUGAGCAAUGUAAUUGACAGUACUUAAAGCUGUGUUGUAGCCCCUUCGUGCCAAAUUUCCCUGUUAGCACAAUUCCCCCCCCCCCCAUCAUUACUGGCAGUUUGAUGUUUUUAACCCCACCAUUUUAAAACGCAAAAAAAAAACCCCACAGCAGUGCUUCUUAGAGAAA